UCCGUAAAAUCAGGCCAAAACCCUCUUGUAUAAAUAUCAAUGGUCGAAGCAACUAACAAACCCUCUCGCUCUCUCACCGCUCCAUCUCUCCCUGCGUUUUCGAUUCUGCUUUUUGGAGCGAUCAGAGAGAGACUUUGCUGCCACCAUGCUUGUCUAUCAGGAUUUGCUCACCGCUGAUGAGCUUCUUUCCGACUCAUUCCCAUACAAGGAGCUCUUCAAUGGAGCCCUCUGGGAAGUUGAAGGAAAGUGGGUUGUUCAAGGAGCCAUUGAUGUAGACAUUGGUGCAAAUCCUUCGGCUGAAGGUGGUGAAGAAGAGGGUGUUGAUGAUCAAACUGUCAAAGUGGUUGACAUUGUCGACACAUUUAGGCUUCAGGAGCAACCACCAUUUGACAAGAAGCAGUUUGUCACUUACAUGAAGAGAUACAUCAAGUUGUUGACACCUAAGCUUGAGGGGGAGAAGCAAGAGGAAUUCAAGAAAAAUAUUGAGGGAGCAACUAAGUUCCUGCUGUCAAAGCUCAGUGAUCUUCAAUUUUUUGUCGGAGAGAGCAUGCAUGAUGAUGGCUCCCUGGUAUUUGCUUACUACAAGGAUGGAGCCACUGACCCUACAUUUUUGUACUUCGGCCAUGGGUUGAAGGAGAUCAAGUGUUAAGCAAGCACUGGGCCUCAUAAGACUUAAAGGACAAGUUGCAUGCUGUAGUUCUAGUUUUUAUGGUUGCGAAUUUUUCUUUUUUACUUUUAUGUGUCCAUGACUAAAGAGGCAUCAAGCCUAGUGUUUUGGGUUUUGGUGUUAUUUUCUUAUUAUGACAGCUCUUUUUAUUUAUUUUUAUGAGUGUUCCUGGUUUGAUUGAGAAAAUAAACUAAUUAUUUGGUGUUGGACUUAAA